GUUAAAACGAUUAUUAGAAUUAAACCAACAUAACAAUGACGUGGUAUAUAUUUCUUCUGGUAGUAUUCGCCCUACCAUCAGAUACGGAUGGUGGUUGCCCAACAUGUUCAAAUAUUGGUUCUGUACCCAGUGGAUUUACAAAGAAGACCUAUUCCGGAACAAAUGAUCAUAUAGAAAAUCCUGGUCGUGGUUUUGUUGAACAGAGAACAUCUAGUUCACAACAUCAUCAACCAUUAACUGUGGAUUUCCUUGACUCACUGCGACAGAAGAUUGGAACUACUAUGGUAUGGAGAUAUUUCGUACUGGAUAAAUAUGUUAGUUCUCAUAUAUCCUCAACUUAUCUAAAAGAUGUUGAUAAUGAUCUCCAAGCAUUGACUGAAGCUGGAUUCACUGUUACAGUUAGAUUCUGCUAUACGCUGAAAAUGAAAUCUGAAGCACCAUACGGUGAUGCCAAUAAAUACUGGAUAUUGGAACAUAUAAAACAACUAAAACCAAUCCUACAGAAACAUGAAGGUGUUUUAACUUCCGUGGAGGCAGGGUUUAUUGGAAUUUGGGGUGAAUGGUAUUAUACAACAUAUUUCGGAGAUCCACAUAAACGUGAUAGUCAUAAAUAUCCCAAACACGGCUAUUCUGAUAGUAUCUGGAAUGACAGAAAAGAAGUAUUGACAGCUGUUUUAGAUGCUGUCCCCCAAUCCGUUCAAGUUCAGAUUAGAUAUCCAUCUAUCAAAAGAGACAUGUGGGAUGAGAAACCUACGUCAUAUUCUGAAAUUCUGAAACAUGGACAUAAAGCUAGAACAGGUCAUCAUAACGACUGUUUCUUAUCAUCAGAUAAUGAUGUUGGUACUUAUCAUAAUAAAGCUGUUGAUUAUCCGUAUCUACAUGCUGAUACUGAAUAUUGUGUCAUAGGUGGAGAAACAUGUGCUGUCACUAAAGAUGACAGAGAUAAAUGCCCUACAGCUUUAAAAGAAAUGGCGUAUUUUCACUGGACGUUUUUAAACGAAGGGUAUAAUCGAGAUGUGUACGCUAUAUGGAAGAAGGAUGGUUGUUAUGAAGAGGUCCACAGGCGAUUAGGGUACAGGCUAUCACUGAGUCAGACCAUUUUACCAAACUCUGUACACCCAGGAGGAACUCUUUGUUAUCAGUUUACUAUUAAAAAUGACGGGUUUGCUGCACCCGUUAAAUCUAUGAAUGUCUAUAUAGUAUUGCGUUCACAGCAUGAUGGAAAAUAUUUAGCUGCUAAAUUAUCCUAUGAUACUAGAAUAUGGCAACCUGGUCAUCAUGAUAUACAAGGUAGUGUUCAUGUUACUAGAAAUUUCCAGCAAGGUAGUUAUGAUACAUAUUUAGCUAUUGGAGAUAAAGUGUUAAAAGAUAGAUCUGAUUUCUACGUUUUAUUGGCUAAUAAAGAUGUACCCGAUCAUUCUGCUGGUCUAAAUAACCUUCAUCAUACUAUCAAGGUUGAUACGCAUCAUUCUGGGGACGCUGGUUCUUGUGCUUCCAUCAUUCCUUGGACUCCGCCAAAACACAGUCGUUAUUCUAGAGUAUUUAAAGGUAGUUUUCACUGAAGAAAACAUAACUAUACAAAUUUGAAUCUUUUGUAUAAUAUGAAUAUAUCGAAAA